AAAUAAAUAAAUAAAUAAAAACGUCGAAACUCCUCCCUUAGUUUUGAGAGAAGCGUUUCCCGACCUGGCCUCUCCUCAUCAGAGUUUCUUGCCCUCAAACGAACUCAAAACUCCCGCCAACUCUCGAUCAAGCAUGGAUGUCCGCGAUCUUAACAAAGUUUGGGAAAUUAAAGCCCUGAAGAAGGCCGGAGAGAAAGAAGCAAAGGACAUUCUCGAGAGAAUUGCCAAACAAGUUCAACCCAUUAUGCGUAAACAUAAAUGGCGAGUCAAGGUUCUUUCGGAGUUUUGCCCUAAAAAUCCAGCACUUUUGGGGUUAAAUGUAGGACGUGGAAUUCAUGUGAAGUUGAGGCUUCGAAGGCCAAAUAGGGAUGGAGAUUUCUUCCCCUUCAAUCAAGUUUUGGAUACAAUGCUACACGAGCUUUGCCAUAAUCUUCAUGGUCCUCACAAUGCAAAUUUCUACAAGCUUUGGGAUGAGCUUAGAAAGGAAUGUGAGGAGUUGAUCGCUAAGGGAAUUAGUGGUACAGCACAGGGAUUUGAUCUCCCAGGAAGGCGUUUGGGUGGUAAUGUGCGCCAACCCCCUCUUUCUUCCCUCCGCAAAUCUUCCUUAGCUGCUGCAGAAGGAAGAAGACGUUUGGCAUCUCUACUUCCGUCUGGGCCUAACCGGCUUGGUGGUGAUAGCAACAUCAUGGUUGCACUAAGUCCUGUACAAGCAGCUGCAAUGGCUGCAGAAAGGAGGCUUCAGGAUGAUAUUUGGUGUGCUUCAUUUCAAGGAAUGCCUGUGGAUGAGGAUUGUUGCCCUGUGGAUGAGGAUUGUUGCCCUCAUUUUCCAUCAGAAGUAGCACAUUCCUCCAAAGGAGUUCUAAGGAGUUCUAACAAUUUAAGUAAGGGUGUGGACGCAUUACACCAGAAAAGAAGUCGUGAGUCAGAAAGGAGUUCUAACAAGUCUUCCAAUGGUCAUCUGAUAUCUGAUUUUGUUGAUUUAUCCAAAGAUGAUGCAAUCCCUGGUUCCUCUGCUAACUAUCGUGCUGAAUCAAAUAAGCGCCAUAAACUGCCAGAUAGAAUUUCAUUUCCUCAAUCUUCUGCAGAGGCUAGCUCAAUAGAUUUGUCCUGUUCAUCCUCUAAUUUGAUGCCAAGACAUGAUGGAACUAUUCAUCCUGGAGAACUUUCCAUGUGGGAGUGUGGAAAUUGCACCUUACUAAAUCCACCGCUAGCUCCAAUAUGUGAGCUCUGUUUCUCGCAAAAGCCAAAAGAUUCUGAUACCAGAUACAAAUUCUGGUCAUGUAAAUUCUGCACCUUAGAAAACAGUGUGAAGUUGGAGAAAUGCACAGCAUGUGGUCAAUGGAGAUAUUCUCAUGGCCAGCCAGUUUCAACUCGAGGACCAAAUCUCGGUACUUGAGAGGCUUCUGAUCUAUCCUUGUAUACUUUGCCACUUCCAUUAAUUACACAGCGGACGAAGGAGAAACCGGUGUCAUCGUCUGGUGAGGCUCGAUGAUGCGCUGCUAUUGCUCCAUAGCUCUCUGCUGUAGAAGUUAUUACACAUUGCUGGGUUUUCAAGAGAGAAGAUCAAUAUCAGAUGAAGAGGUUGCAAAGAUUAAAAGAUAAAAGGUUAUACUAGUCAAUUUGACCACCUUAGAACUUAGAUUCAAUUCGAUCAGUAUAAUUUUAGGAGUCUUCCUAUGAUAUAUUUAAGUUUCACAGAUCGUCUUGGGUACUCCCAACCACUGUCAUAUCAGCUCUCUGCUAUGAUAUACUAGGAGUCUUGAUUUAGGAUAUAUUAAAACACAGGAGAAUUUUGGUUGGUUAAACGGAAAAAGGAAAAAAGAAAAAAGAAAAAAUCAAUUAUAAUGGAAAUUAUUUUAAAUAACAAAACUGUAAAAAAUAUUAACAAAGUUGGCAAAAUUUUAUUUUCUAUUAGAAAUAGACCCAGAUUUUAAGUAAAAAAUAUCUAUAUGGAUUUAUUAUCGUAUAAAAUUUUGCUAAAUUUGUUUCAAUCUUAAAAAUUUGAUUUUGCUAUACUAUUUCAAUUUAAAUCUUGAAUGUUCAUAAUUGUACCGAUCUAAAUCAAUUUAGACUCACAGUUAAGAUUUCAUUUGAGUAUUAUCUAUACAUCAAAUCUAGUCUCAUCUAAAAAGUUUAUACAUAAUUAUAAAAUGCAUGGGCAAUUUUAAAAUGUAAUGUAGUAAAGUGUUCAAAUAGAUUAAUUUAUAACAAUUUAGAAGUUUAGACUAAACAAUAAUAGAAGUAAGAAGAUAUUUUUGAAAGUGUUAAAAGAGGGUACCUCAUAGAGUGAUCUAGCAGUACCAAAAAUGAAGUCAACACUUCCUCGAAUGUGACAUUGAUAGAAAUAAUGUGUGCCCAAAUCAUCGAGAAGUGUAUCUUGUCCUCCCAAGAAUUUCACUCUAUAAAACACUGCUUUAUCUCCUGUUAUUCUCAAUGCUACACCUUGUCUUCCUUUAUCUCCUGGCUUUGCCACAUUUGUAUUCUACAAAUAUCAACAUUUCUAUUAUUGUUAUUACUACUAUUCUUAUUCUAAAUGUUUAUACUCUCCC